GGAUCACGUGUUCUCCAUCAUGCCCAAAUGACUUCACUGUCAAAUUGAUUAAAGUUUAUAUUGACCAAAAAUAGAAAUUUACAGGUUUGAGGGAGUGGAAGAAGAUAUCAUCCAGAAGAAUGAGAUGAUGGAAACAAGAUCAAUGGAGAUGGAUGUGACGCCACUUGAGAAGUUGAGUUAGGAUAUGAUUGCACUGGAGGAUCAAAUACUUCUCCUGAUAUUUGAACUCCAAUAUGAGGUGAUGGAUUAAGGAUCGGAACAGAAGAAUGUGAUGAUCAUAACACUAACAAUAAUGAUGGCUGAGAUUCUGAUUGAGAAAUUGAAUCUGGGUAUAAUUGAUCAGGUGGGAAUUCAAAUUCAAAAGACACUUGCAGCUUGACUUGUGGAGAUGGAAAGAAAAUGGGAGGUGAAAUAUGAGAUGAUGGAGAUCAUAAUGAUAAUAAUGGGUGUUCAAACUCUUGAACUAUUAAUACUGGGUACAAUUGCUCUGGAGGAUCACCCUCUCAGGCUGAUGUUUGAAAUCCUAUUUGAGGUGAUGGUCGAAAAAUCUCUCCAGAGCAGUGAGAUGAUGAUGAUAUUCAAAAUGGGGAUGGAUGUAACUCAGACUGAGAAAUUGAGACAGGUUAUAACUGCUCAGGAGGAUCUUUUAACUUGGCUGACGUUUGCUCAAAAGUUUGUGGUGAUGGCAUAAAAUUAGCAAGUGAAGCUUGUGAUGAUGGUAAUAAAAGUAAUGGAGAUGGCUGAUCAGUUACUUGAAGUGUUGAAACUGGAUAUUCUUGUACUGGAGGAUCGACUUCUCAAGAAGAUACUUGAGCCCCGAUAUGAGGUGAUGGAUUAAAAGUAGGGACAGAACAUUGAGAUGAUGGCAAUGAUCAAAAUAACGAUGGAUGAAGUUCAACAUGAAUAAUUGAAACUGGAUAUACUUGCUUUGGAGGAACUUCUUCUAAUCCAGAUAACUGAUACACUAGUUGCGGAGAUGGACUUAAAACAUCUGGCGAACAAUGUGAUGAUCAAAACAACCAAGAUGAUGAUGGAUGAUCAUCUAGCUGCACAGUGGAAAUAGGGUAUUCUUGCACUGGUGGAUCCGACAUCACCAAAGAUAUUUGACAACCAAUUUGAGGAGAUGGUCUCAAAAUAGGCAAUGAAGCGUGUGAAGACAAUAACAUCGAUAAUGGCGAUGGAUGAGACUCUAAUUGUAAUAUUGAAGACGGCUACAGCUGUUCAGGAGGAACCCCAAGUGCAGCAGACACUUGCACUGAAAUUUGUGGAGAUGGAAAGAAAGUAGGCAGUGAAGAAUGUGAUGAUCAUGAUGAGGAUGAUGGUGAUGGAUGCUCAGGCAAUUGAGAAAUAGAAACAGGCUACAGCUGCACUGGAGGAUCAAGCUCUGGAGCUGAUACAUGAAAUCCAAUCUGCGGAGAUGGACUUAGAAUAGGAACUGAACAAUGAGAUGACAGUGAUAUUAACAAUAAUGACGGUUGAGACUCUACUUGAAACGUUGAGACUGGGUACAGUUGUACUGGCGGAACUCCAACAUCAGUUGACACUUGCAGUGAAAUAUGUGGAGAUGGUAUGAAAGUUGGAACAGAGUCAUGAGAUGACAGCGACCUUAAUGAUGGAAACGGGUGUUCGAGUACUUGUAUGAUUGAGAUAGGCUACAGCUGUACUGGAGGAUCAAAUUCUGGAGGAGAUACUUGAUCCCCAAUUUGAGGAGAUGGACUAAAAAUAGGAACUGAGCAAUGAGAUGACAGUGAUAUUAACAAUAGUGACGGUUGAGACUCUACUUGAAACAUUGAGACUGGAUACAGUUGUACUGGCGGAACUCCAACAUCAGCUGACACUUGCAGUGAAAUAUGUGGAGAUGGAAAGAAGGUUGGAACAGAGGCUUGAGAUGACAACGAUCUUAUUGGAGGGAACGGAUGUUCUAGUACUUGUGUUAUAGAGACAGGCUACAGCUGCACUGGAGGAUCAGUGUCUCAAGCUGACAUAUGAGAGCCUAUUUGUGGGGAUGGAUUGAAGGUUGGUGGUGAGCAAUGAGAUGAUAAUGAUACAGAUGAUGGUGAUGGCUGAGAUUCUUCUUGACUCAUUGAAACUGGAUACUCCUGUAUUGAAGGAUCUCCAACUUCUCAAGAUACAUGAUCUCCUAUCUGAGGUGACGGCAUCAAGCUCUCAGUUGAAAUUUGUGAUGAUGGAAACACAGAUUCUGAUGAUGGCUGAGAUUCAUCAUGUCUUAAUAUUGAAGAGGAUUAUGAAUGAGUUGGAGGUUCAUUGAAUGAACCUGAUAUAUGAAGUGUUAUUUGUGGUAAUGGAAUAGUUCUCUCAGACUUAAAUCAAGCAAUAUAUUGAGAUGAUGGCAAUGAUCAAAAUGGAGAUGGUUGUGACGAGAACUGAAAAAUCGAGUCUGAAUGGAAUUGAACUGGAGCUUCUCUCACGACUCCAAGUACAUGAAAAAUUAUAUGAGUUGUAGAAGGAUGUUCAGAGUGUGAGCCUGAUACUGGCUCAAAAUGUCAAACAUGUGAAACUGGAUAUCAGCUUCUUGACAAUAAGCAAUGAAGAUACGUUGCUGUAACUCAAGAAGUGCAAACUCUAUCGAGCGGGUCGCAAGCUGUAUCUGGAGCUGGCUCUAUCAUUGCAACUCUAAUUUCUCUACUUAACGCUUCAUCACCUAUGGCUAUUUGGUCUAUGGCAAAUCAAAUGCAACUUCUACUGCUUCUUCUUCUUACUCAGACUUCUUUGCCGGCAGAUGUAGUCGGAUAUAUCUCCAAUAACAAACUAUUUUCAUUCAGCAUGAAUUUCCUUCCUGUUUACAAUAACUUCAUUUCAAAAAUGCCUUUAGAUUGGCUAAAACAAAACCAAACAAACAUUGGUCUCAAAGACAUGGGAAUCGAGUCAGGAAGCUCUUUCAACAACAAUUUUGGGAUGAUAUGAACAAUUCUGAUGAUACUCUCUUUUCAUUUCUUUUGGAGCCUUCUCCCCAGGACUAUUGACGAUGAUGAUCCUAGAGACUGAAAAGAGAUAACCCUCAAAUUUAUUGGAUGGAUCUGGAAAAUUUUGACAUUUGGAGUAUAUAUUCGGCUGACAAUAGAAGCAUACCAAAGUAUUCUAUUAUCGUGUUUAAAUGAAGUAAAGAACUUCACGCCAUCCUCAAUUCAUGUUAUAGUCUCAACUGUAACUGCUUCACUAUUCUUAUGAUUCCUGCUUCUUAUGCUAUAUUGGGCUUUAAAGCAAGUAAAUCGUGAAAUUGAGCCAAAUAAGCACUUUAAAUCAAAAGAAUUCAUAUCUGGGCUUAAAGACUGCAACAAAGCUAGACUUUUUACACCUCUUCUGUUACUGAGAAGAAUUGUGUAUUGAACUUGGCUGAUCAUGUUCUCGUUCACAGGCUACUUUUAUUUAGUGCCUGGAAUGCUACUUCUUCAAAUAUUGUACACUGGCUUUAUAAUCACUAUUAGGCCGUUUAAAGAAUGCGCCAAUAAUUUGAUAGAAGGACUCAAUGAAAAUUUUUAUCUGUUUUUAGUAGCAUAUUUGCUAAGGCAUAAUACAAAGCAAACAUGGGAGGGAAUGCCAACCAAAAUUUAUAUUUAUGUUAUAAUGCUUAAUAACAUCGUCAUUGUUUUAUUAAUAACAUUGUUCGGAAUCGCUCAGCUUUGCAGAAAAUUUUGUUGUAAGAAAAAGCCAGAUACUUUUGAAAUCCCUCAAAUAAUCCCUCCAAAGAUCAACGCCAGAAAAUUCGAUGGUAGCAAUACAAUUGCUACCUCAGAUAUCCAUCUUGUAAAAUUCCCUACAAAUUCUAUGACCACAAAUCCUGAAGACACUCCAGCUUCCUCUUCGAUUGCCAUGAGCACCAAUGUUCGAAGAGUCGGUAAAAUUACCCCAAUUGCUCAAUAGCU